AUGGGGACUGGGCCCCAUGCUGCUGGUGAUUCUUCCCCUGGAGGAUUGAUUGGGCCUGAGGAUGAGCCUCUAGGGCCUCCCUGUGCAGUCCCGGCUCAACCCUCGUCGACUUCGUCUCAGAGCUUCGAAUUUGUGCUUGUAAAUGAUCAGGGUUCACGCCGUCAGGUCCGCCGCCAUGCAAUGCGUCAGUAUAUGCGUCAGCGCCGGCUUGAUGGUAUCGCCCGGUUGGCUUCGUCGCGUGCCCCUAUGCCGGGCUGGCUCAGUGCUGCUGAUUCACCUUGUGGGUCUAUGAUACAAGAGGACUCGGAGCAGGUAGACGAUGCGUGCAAUAGGAACCCGGAAGACUAUAGGAAUGCAAUUGUCCCAAUCCGCAAAAACUACCACAAUUCGUCCACUUCCAGUCCUAUAUCCCUGGUCUCCCCAGGUGCUGGAGGAUUGCGAGACCCAUUCAACAGUUAUCCAAUGCCAAUCAGCGAACAGGAUCACAGGCUGAUCAACCACUAUGUGGUGACGUAUCCGGCGAUGAUGUACAAAUUGUCCAACCCACUUCAGAAGAACCCAAUGAUGGAGAUCUUCCGUGAAUUUGCGCUCAAAGACCGCCUCCCUUUCCAGGCCAUGCUGGCGAUAGCCUCGAAACACCUGGCCAGUGUCGAGGGGCAGUCAGAGUCUCUGCAGAGCUUAGGGCACAAGACUCAGACGUUGCAGUUGAUCAAUAAGACUAUACGCGACACGAGUGAUGACCAAAUAGAUAACUUUAUAUAUGCCGUGGCCACUAUGGCCGUGAUAGAGAAAUGGUCCAAGGACCCCUCGAUUGAAAAAAUGCACAUCAAAGGCCUUGCCCUGUUAGUUCGCAGAAGAGGAGGCAUGCGAACGUUGAAAGCAGAGAAGCCUUUUUUGGAGCAAGUCAUAUACUGGGUUGAUUUCAGCUGUGCCGCCAAGGCAAUAGUUGGCGCAAGCCUCCCCUGGACUGGACAAAUUCCGGACACCUUUCCAGAGAGUCUACGAUUGUGGUCUCCGAAAAUGCAGCCAGAUGUGAACUCGGAAGAACCCGACUAUAUACGAGCAUGCGAGGACUUUCUCGCAUUUUUUCGCUCUCUCUAUGCCGCACAGCAGGCCAGUCUCAAGGCACCGUGUCGAACACCUUCGCCUACGAAGGCUCGCCGGAAACGUGUGUUUAAUAGUUCGUCGCGGCUCUAUUGCAGCCUAACGACACUGCCCGACUACGAUCACGGCAUCCGCGACGUGCGGUUUAUCGACGAGUACACAUGCCUUGCAUGUUUACUUUACCUCAAUGUAGCCUUAUACGACUGCUACUUGAAACAACAAGACUUUGAUUUAUAUCUAAUCUGGCUCGAGUCAGAAAUGCAACGACUUAGCGACGGGCCUAGUGUAUCGUCCUUUAUGUGGAUGUUUCUGGACAACGGCGGCUAUGCACAGGGUGAGGCCGGCGACGCAGGCGAGCGGAGUUGGCUCGUAUCGCGCAUGCUACGGGUCGCUAAACGUCUGGAAUGGAACCGACAGGGUGCUCUGUGGGAUUACCUGCGAUCGGUGCUCAUCAACUUUGUAUGCACGCAGCAGGAAUGCGGGCUGGGGGCAGACAUUGUUGGAGAAGAGGAAUUCCUGGCCAGACAGAAAAUGCUGGGCCAGGGGGAGCAGCCCCGUCUCUGGGAUGAGAACGCGAUGCGGCGAGAGAUCCUGGGCAAUUUAGAGCAUCCAAUGCCAGUGCAGCUCUGGCCACCCCACAACAACCGACUGCGGGGGGGGGUUCCUGAUAUAGUUCCCACGCCUCUUGCACUAGAUGGGUUAUUCCAAAGCCAGGGAUUUAGCCAACUAACCACGUUCAAUAAUCUGGCGGACAUCAACUCUCCUCAGAAUGUCAUUCUACUCGAUACUCGUGUUCACCAAGAGUGGGACGGAUACAGCAUUUCUGUCAAUCCAAAAAACGGCUAUCAGAUCCAGAGCUUUAGUCCGGGUGCCUGGGAUCUACAUGGCAUGGUCAAGUUCUGCGUCCUGUCUGUCGUCUCCCAGGCCGUCCUAUGCAACUUGCGUGGUGCUGGUGAGCCAAUGUAUGACGACAUGAUGGGCGAAAUCCGUGAAGAGCCUCAGGCUGAAGAGCGUAUGGAAGUAGAGUUGUUUGGUAGACUUCAUGGGAACGAGAACUUUUGGGUUGUGAGAGCCGCACAGAAAGGUUCGCGGGGCGAUGGCGGCGGGCCUGAGAUUUGGUGUCCUGAGCGAACCAUACAAAAGUGCAUGAAAUAUGAAUCAUUGAUGGCCGAUCAAGAGGCUGACCACUGGUGUAACGCCGCCCAGUUCGAGGCUAGCAGCACAGGGUCACCCAGCUGGAGCCCCUCCGGCGGUGCAGACGUCCUCUGA